UUAGACCGGAUUCGCCAAUUAAAGGGACGUCCAGCCGGUCGGUCUGUCCCAGGCUUUUAAAAGCAGCAGGAGUCUGAACUUCAGCAGCAGCAGCAGCAGCAGCAGCAGACAGAGGUUGAAAUGAAGAUGUCUUCCACUUUGCUUUGUGCUGUUAUUUUCUUGGCAUGUGCCUUGACACUUAGUGCGGCUCAGACGAGCUGUAAAGGACGAUGUGGUGCUGAGUACUACAGGGGUUACAUGUGCCAGUGUGAUUACACCUGCCUGCUUUAUGGAGAAUGCUGCGAAGACUAUGAAUCUCAAUGCACCACAAAAAACUCAUGUAAGGGUCGAUGUGGAGAAACAUUCAAGAGAGGCCGGCGGUGCACCUGCGACACUGACUGCUUCAAGUUCAACCAGUGUUGUCCAGAUUACACAAGCCACUGUGAUGCAGAGGAGGAAAUCAGUGGAGCAGCCAGUGCAACAGCUCCAGUGAAGACUAGUUCAUGUGAUAGUGUAAACAAUAAGAAACCCACAGAGCCGCCUCUGAUGGGACCAGAGCAGCAGGCUUCUACAUUCAGCGAGGGAAACAACGCAGAUGAAAAUUCAGUUCCUCUGGUUGGUCCAACCUCAUAUCUAGCAGAUGACUCCAGCGAUGAUACAAACAACCUGCUACCCCCAGAUGAUGAAUUCACCAACACUGGACAAGAGGAGACAAGUCCAGUCCCUGAAGGCACCAGUGGUUAUGGGUCGUCCACAGCUGAUGACCUGGAUCAUGUCUCCACUGAACCCACCCUGCAGUCAGUCACAGUCAUCACUCAGACAGAAAUGACUCAGACAGACGAUGGCCCCACCAUUUAUAUGACCAGUGGAGAAGCCCCCACAGAGAGCACAGGUUCCAGUGAUCCAGGAACAACCCUCCCUCAGGCCACAACAGCAGCUGAGCAGGUCUCCAACCAGCCAACACCAACCUCUGCAGCCCAAACAGAGGUUUCUGCUACAGCCAGCAGCCCAGAGCCGGAGACAGCAGGGCAGGGAACCGUCCAACCAGAGGACGACGUUUCUCCUGCAGCACAGACGACACAUCUGCCAGAAGCCUCUUCUGACAAUGCAGAGGUCACAACGCUUCCCUUCACCACAGCAGCUUCAGCAUCCACAGAACUCACACAGGACGACACAACCGUGGUUAUGUCACAGUCCACCACUGUUCCCAUCACCGUCCCUGCCUCAUCAACCCUGGACUUGACAACCAUCCCAGACGCAACCACUUCCUAUCCUGAUCCACAAAAUACUGAGAGCAGCUCAGAGGACUCAACAACAGGCCCUCAAGAUCCCUCCACCAGUGGUUCCCCAGAACUCGAUGCCCCGACAACUCACAUUCCCUCAUCCACAUCUGCAGCACAGGACGGUACCACAGAUGAGGUAACACCACAAGUAACCACUGCAGAUCCAGUGAGAGUAACACCGGACUCGACUGAGCAACCCCAACCAUCGAAACCCACAGAGCAACCCCAACCAUCCACACCCACAGAGCAACCCCAACAGCAACCCCAACCAUCCAAACCCACAGAGCAACCCCAACCAUCCAAACCCACCAAGCAACCCCAAAACAAUCCAUUACCAGCUAAACCGACUGUGGUGAACCCUCCCCCCAAAGACCCAGAGACUAAACCAGUGGACGCUGCACAAACUCUGACCAUAGACAAUCCAGGAGACUACCAGGCAGAUGACAGCAACGAUACAAACCUGUGCAGCGGGCGCCCGGUGGGAGCAGUUACCACCCUGAGGAACGGCACGGUGGUGGUUUUCAGAGGACACUACUUCUGGUUCCUGAACAGACACAGGGAGCCAGGUCCGGCCAGAGGCAUCACACAAGUGUGGGGUGUCCCAUCCCCCAUCGACACUGUGUUCACACGCUGCAGCUGUCAAGGCAAAACAUACAUUUUCAAGGGAUCCGAGUACUGGAGAUAUGAAAAUGAUGUUUUGGACCGUGGGUAUCCUAAAGUCAUUGAAACAGGCUUCGACGGGCUGCGAGGCCACAUCACUGCUGCUCUGUCUGUGCCUCAGUACCAGAGGAGGAGAGAGUCCGUCUACUUCUUCAAGAGAGGGGGACUGGUCCAGAAAUACUCAUACCAGUUAGGUACCAGUCCAUCAUGUGGCAGGAAAGCCCAGCACACCGUGUACGCUGUUCGCAACCGGGUGGCUCGACAAGCAGUGUCUCUUCUAGGCCCGGUCAUCAACAUCCGGACGUCCUGGAGAGGUUUCCCCACCACCGUCACGGCAGCUGUGUCUGUGCCCAACACCCGAGAACCAGAAGGAUACAAAUACUACGUCUUCUCCAGAUCCAAAUCCUACAACCUGAGGCUGGAUGGUGAACGUCCCGCCAUCGCUGCGACGACGGCCAACGUGUCACCUAAGAGCAACGACUUGUUCAAAUGCCCAAAGAUAUGAAAAAGCAGAGAUUGUUUGUUUUUUCUCACCAAUUUUCUUAUCGUUUAUUACGUUCCUCUUAAAACACACUGCAACAGCAUGGAGAGUGAUUAUAAAAGGGUACUUUACAAGUACAUUUAAAACAAAAACAGA